AUGGGGGCCAGCGGCCGGGUCUCGCCGUCGUCGUCGCUGGUGUCGCGUCGCUCUAGGGUUAGGAUGCCAUCUCAAGUCAUGGAUCCGAGGAGCCACCACCCCCAGUUCAGCAAUCCAACCGUGGCUGCGUCCUCCUUCUCUGAGGAGCAGCUUCGCCUUCCCACAGAGAGGCAGGUCGGAUUUUGGAAGCAGGAGUCGUUGCAUCACAUUGGAAGCAAGUCAGUUGCAUCUUCUCCAAUUGAAAAGCCCCAACCCAUUGGGACAAAAACUGUGGCUCGGAUAGAUCCACAACCAUACAAGCUGAGAGACCAGAAGACUGCAUUUAGCCUUGAGCACAAGACUUUUGGUCAAGAGAGACAUGUUAACUUGCCAUCAUCACUGUGGAGAGCUGAUCAAGACCGUAACCUCCAAUCUGAUUCAUCUUUAUUUCCCGAUGGAAGGACUAAUCCAAAUGAGGCCUACAAUGAGAAUGGGCUUUUCUCAAGCUCCCUGUCAGAAAUUUUUGACAGAAAAUUGGGACUGAGAUCCAAGGAUGUGCUUCUUCGUCAGCCAGUUGAAAAGGUUGUUCCAACUCAUGUAGAUGAUGAACCCUUUGAGUUAACGGAGGAAAUCGAAGCGCAAAUAAUAGGAAACAUACUUCCUGAUGAUGAUGACCUACUAUCAGGUGUUCUUGAUGUUGGGUACACAGCCCAUGCUAACAAUGGUGAUGAUGUCGAUGAUGAUAUAUUCUACACUGGAGGCGGGAUGGAACUGGAAACCGAUGAAAAUAAAAAAAAUACAGAAACUAAUGGUGGAGCUAAUGAUGGUCUUGGGUCGCUUAAUGGCACAAUGAAUGGUGAACAUCCAUAUGGGGAACACCCUUCAAGAACUCUUUUCGUCCGAAACAUUAAUAGCAAUGUUGAGGAUUCUGAAUUAAGGCUCCUAUUUGAGCAUUAUGGAGAAAUCAGCAACCUUUACACUGCCUGCAAACAUCGUGGUUUUGUGAUGAUAUCUUACUAUGACAUAAGAUCAGCAUGGAAUGCCAUGAGGGCACUUCAAAACAAGCCACUCAGACGUAGAAAACUUGACAUACAUUACUCCAUUCCGAAGGACAAUCCUUCGGAGAAGGAUAUUAACCAGGGGAUGCUUGUUGUAUUUAAUGUUGACCCGUCUGUAACAAAUAAUGAUAUCCAUCAGAUAUUUAGCGACUAUGGUGAAAUAAAAGAGAUUCGUGAUGCACCGCAAAAGGGCCAUCUCAAAAUUAUAGAAUUUUAUGAUGUCAGAGCAGCCGAAGGUGCAGUUCGUGCUUUAAACAGGAGUGAUCUUGCUGGCAAGAAAAUAAAAUUGGAGACUGGCCGUCUGAGUGCUGCUAGACGUUUAACACAGCACAUGUCCAAAGAGUUGGGGCAGGAAGAAUUUGGUGUAUGCAAACUGGGCAGUCCAAGCACAAAUAGCCCUCCAUUGGCUUCAUUGGGUUCAUCUAAUAUGGCAGCAAUGACAUCUUCUGGCCGUGAAAAUGGGAGUAUUCAUGGUUUGCAUUCUGGACUUCUCACAUCAAUGACCCCGUUCAGAGAGGCUUCUUUUCCGGGUCUAUCGUCUACCAUACCACAGAGCCUGUCCUCUCCCAUUGGAAUUGCAUCUGCUGCAACUCAUAGUAAUCAGGCUUCCCUUGGUGAGCUCAGCCACUCACUUAGUCGGAUGAAUGGGCAUAUGAAUUAUGGUUUUCAAGGCAUGGGCACUCUUCAUCCGCAUUCCCUUCCUGAAGUUCACAAUGGAGCAAAUAACGGCACCCCUUACAAUCUUAACACGAUGGCACCAGUUGGUGUCAAUAGCAACUCGAGAACAGCUGAAGCAGUUGACAGCAGACAUCUUCAUAAAGUGGGUUCUGGUAACCUCAUUGGGCACUCAUUUGAUCGUGCCGGUGAAGGAGCUAUGGGAUUUUCAAGAAGUGGAAGCGGUCCUGUCCGUGGUCACCAGUUAAUGUGGAAUAAUUCAAAUAACUUCCACCGUCCUCCCAAUUCCCCUGUGCUGUGGCAAAAUCCGGGAUCAUUUGUAAAUAAUGUACCGUCUCGCUCCCCAGCACAAAUGCAUGGAGUUCCAAGAGCACCAUCACACAUGAUUGAGAAUGUUCUUCCAAUGCAUCAUCAUCACGUGGGCUCUGCGCCAACAAUCAAUCCGUCACUUUGGGACAGGCGGCAUGGCUAUGCAGGGGAAUUGACAGAAGCAUCAAGUUUUCAUCCUGGCAGUGUUGGGAGCAUGGGAUUUCCUGGUAGCCCUCAGCUUCAUGGUUUGGAGCUAAAUAGCAUAUUUUCUCACACUGGUGGGAAUCGCAUGGAUCCAACCGUGUCUUCAGCUCAGAUCAGCGCACCAUCUCCUCAACAAAGAGGUCCUAUGUUCCAUGGAAGGAAUCCUAUGGUUCCCCUUUCAUCAUUUGAUUCACCUGGUGAGCGGAUGAGAAGCCGGAGAAAUGACUCAGGUGCUAACCAAUCUGAUAAUAAACGGCAGUACGAGCUUGAUGUUGACCGCAUAAUGCGGGGGGAAGACUCACGAACUACACUGAUGAUAAAGAAUAUCCCAAAUAAGUAUACCUCCAAGAUGCUCUUGGCUGCUAUUGAUGAAAGUCAUAAGGGCACUUAUGAUUUUAUUUACUUGCCGAUUGAUUUUAAGAAUAAAUGUAAUGUUGGCUAUGCUUUCAUCAACAUGACCAAUCCUCAGCAUAUCAUCCCGUUUUAUCAGACUUUUAAUGGUAAAAAGUGGGAGAAGUUUAACAGUGAGAAGGUGGCAUCACUUGCUUAUGCCAGAAUCCAAGGGAAAACAGCCCUGAUUGCUCAUUUCCAGAACUCUAGUUUGAUGAAUGAGGACAAACGCUGCCGCCCCAUACUCUUCCACUCAGAAGGUCCUAAUGCAGGAGAUCAGGAACCUUUCCCUAUGGGUACAAACAUCCGAGCCAGGUCUGGGAGAUCCCGGACUUCCUCCGGUGAAGAAAAUCACCAUGAUAUCCUGACAGUCUUGACCAACGGUGACACUUCUUCCAAUGGAGCUGACGCUUCAGGUCCUACCAAGGACACUGAGUAG